UGCUCGGCUCUGCUGUGCUUUCUCUUUCUAAAUCCGACAGCGAUGGCGGAGCAGCAGCAGUUCUAUCUCUUACUGAGAAACCUGAUGAGCUCUGACAACAACGUCAGGAAGCAAUCAGAGGAAACUUAUGACCCCAUCCCCGGCCAGACGAAGAUCACAUUUUUACUGCAGGCCAUCCGGGAUGCAUCUGCCGCUGAGGAGGUUAAGCAGAUGGCAGCCGUGCUGUUGCGUCGACUGCUGUCCUCAUCUUUCGAGGAGGUUUACCCCAGCUUGUCAGUCGAAGUGCAGACUGCCGUGAAGACUGAGCUGCUCGCUGGAAUUCAGUCGGAAGCUUCCGCCAACAUCCGCAAAAAGGUCUGCGACAUCGCCGCGGAGCUCGCUCGCAAUCUCAUCGAUGAUGAUGGAAAAAAUCAGUGGCCUGAAAUCCUGAAGUUCCUGUUUGACUCUGUGAACUCUCAGGACGUCGCCCUCAGAGAAGCGGCACUGCAUGUUUUCUGGAAUUUCCCUGAUAUCUUUGGUAAUCAGCAACAGCAUUACCUGGAGGUGAUCAAGCGCAUGUUGGUGCAGUGCAUGCAAGAUCAGGAGAACCCGCAGAUUCAAGCCCUGGCUGCACGUGCAGCUGCGUCCUUCGUUUUGUCCAAUGAGGGCAACGCGGCGCUUUUGAAACACUUUUCAGACCUUCUUCCAGGCAUCCUUCAGGUGGUGAACGAAUCCUGUUAUCGUGGCGAUGACUCUGUGCUGAAGUCGUUGGUAGAGAUUGCGGACACGGCCCCCAAAUACUUGAGGCCCAACCUGGAAGCCACACUCCAGCUCAGCCUAAAGCUGUGUGCAGACACAAACCUGACAAACAUGCAGAGGCAGCUGGCACUGGAGGUGAUCGUCACGCUGUCUGAAACUGCUGCUGCCAUGCUCAGAAAACACACCAACAUCGUCGCUCAGAGCGUGCCACAAAUGUUGAGUAUGAUGGUGGAUCUGGAGGAGGAUGAGGACUGGGCCAUGGCUGAUGAACUAGAAGAUGAUGACUUUGACAGUAAUGCAGUGGCGGGUGAGAGCGCGCUGGACAGAAUUGCCUGUGGUCUCGGAGGAAAGAUCGUCCUUCCCAUGAUCAAACAACAUAUCAUGCAAAUGUUACAGAACUCUGAUUGGAAGUACAGGCACGCUGGUCUCAUGGCUCUGUCUGCUAUCGGUGAGGGCUGUCAUCAACAGAUGGAGGCCAUACUAAACGAGAUCGUCAGCUUUGUUUUGCUUUUCUGUCAAGAUCCGCACCCUCGAGUUCGCUAUGCCGCAUGCAACGCGGUUGGACAGAUGGCCACCGAUUUUGCCCCGACUUUCCAGAAGAAGUUCCACGACAAGGUGAUCUCCGCACUACUUCAGACGAUGGAAGAUCAGACGAAUCCUCGCGUUCAGGCCCACGCAGCGGCUGCUCUCAUUAACUUCACAGAGGACUGUCCCAAAAGCCUCCUCGUCCCCUACCUAGACAGCCUAGUCCAACAUCUGCAUGUCAUCAUGGUCGCCAAACUCCAGGAGUUGAUCCAGAAAGGAACCAAACUGGUGCUGGAGCAGGUCGUGACCUCCAUCGCCUCUGUGGCUGACACUGCAGAAGAGAAGUUUGUACCAUACUACGACCUCUUCAUGCCUUCCCUCAAACACAUCGUAGAAAACGCUGUUCAAAAAGAGCUCCGUCUUCUCAGAGGAAAGACCAUCGAAUGCAUCAGUUUAAUUGGCCUGGCUGUUGGCAAAGAGAAGUUCAUGCCAGACGCGUCAGCAGUGAUGCAGCUGCUUUUGAAAACACAGACUGAUUUCAACGACCUGGAAGAUGACGACCCACAGAUCUCCUACAUGAUCUCAGCGUGGGCUCGCAUGUGUAAGAUCCUGGGGAAGGAGUUUCAGCAGUAUCUUCCUGUGGUGAUGGGGCCUCUCAUGAAGACCGCCUCCAUCAAACCUGAAGUGGCUCUCCUCGAUACUCAGGACAUGGAGAGCAUGUCUGAAGAUGACGGCUGGGAGUUUGUCAAUCUCGGAGAUCAGCAGAGUUUUGGUAUCAAGACAGCCGGGCUGGAGGAGAAGGCCACAGCCUGCCAGAUGCUGGUUUGUUAUGCUAAAGAACUCAAGGAGGGGUUUGUGGAGUACACGGAACAAGUUGUGAAGCUGAUGGUUCCUCUGCUGAAAUUCUAUUUUCAUGAUGGUGUGCGGGUAGCGGCGGCCGAGUCCAUGCCUCUGCUGUUGGAGUGUGCUCGCGUCAGAGGGCCAGACUACCUCACUCAGAUGUGGCACUUCAUGUGUGACGCCCUCAUCAAAUCCAUCGGAACCGAACCUGACUCUGAUGUGCUUUCAGAAAUCAUGCACUCAUUCGCCAAGUGUAUUGAACUGAUGGGCGACGGCUGUCUGAAUAACGAGCACUUUGAAGAACUGGGUGACAUUCUGAAGAGCAAACUAGAGGAGCACUUUAAAAACCAGGAGCUGAGACAAGCCAAACGACAAGAUGAAGAUUAUGACGAGCAGGUUGAGGAAACCUUACAAGAUGAGGAUGAGAAUGACGUCUAUAUCCUGACCAAAGUGUCGGACAUCUUGCAUUCAAUCUUCAGCAGUUACAGAGAGAAGGUUCUUCCGUGGUUUGAACGGCUACUGCAGCUCAUUGUUAACCUCAUUAACCCGCUCAGACCUUGGGCAGACAGACAGUGGGGUUUGUGCAUUUUUGAUGACAUUGUUGAACACUGCAGCCCCUCUUCCUUCAAAUACGCCGAGUGCUUCUUGCGGCCCAUGAUGCAGUUCCUCUGUGACACCAGCCCGGAGGUUAGGCAAGCGUCUGCCUAUGGCGUUGGAGUCAUGGCACAGUUUGGAGGAGAGAACUACAGGCCUGUCUUCGCAGAGGCCGUCCCUCUUCUUGUGGGAGUGAUCCAGGCUGCAGACUCCAGAGUAAAAGAAAAUGUCAACGCCACCGAAAACUGCAUCUCCGCUGUGGCCAAAGUCAUGAAGUACCGGCCAGAGUGCAUCAACGUCAAUGAAAUCCUCCCUCAUUGGCUGUCCUGGCUGCCGCUUAACGAGGAUAAAGAGGAAGCCGUCCACACAUUCGAUUACCUUUGUGACCUUAUUGAAAGCAACAAUGCAAUUGUUCUCGGACCCGACAAUGCAAACCUUCCCAAAAUUUUCAUCAUAAUCGCUGAUGGUGUCGCAAAUGAAUCGAUCAAAGGUGAAGACGGCUGCAGCAAACGGUUGGCCAACGUUAUUCGUCAAGUACAAGUUUCUGGUGGACUUUGGACGCAGUGUGUAUCUGCACUCAACGAGACACAGCAGAAGGCCAUCCAAGACCUUCUGAACACAGCCUGAGUGAACGAGUGAAGCCUUAACCCAUCUAAAAUAGCCCUGGAAACACGGCACCUGGAAUCACACACCUAUAUUUUCGCCCUUUCCCUGUUUUUGAACGAAGAACUGUAAUGUGACUUGAGUAUGUUGGGCCUCUCAAUCUCGAAGUCUUCUCCAACCUACCCAACCAUAGGGCCGAGCUUCCAGCGUGUAUGUUUCACCUCAAAGGGCCAGCGACUUCACAAACCCUCAUCUUGAAAGAAUGUGGGGUGGGGUGGGGGGGUAGGGAUUUAAAACUAAACUAACAGUCCAUCCAUAGUAGAUCUUUAAGAAUUUCUGGUGUAGAAAUUGUGCUUUUUCUCCUUUACGAGAUCUCUUAUCUCGACUUGCGUGUCUGUCGAUCCUAGUGGAAGCCGAUUUGGGGGUUGAUCCAACUCUGCAAGGGCCAUUUCCUCUGACCCUGAGAUGAAUCAGACCGAAAUGGACUUCGAUUGAACUCUAAUGCAAUGGCGAGCAUUAAUGUCACAUCUUCAACACCUUAUUUUGUUUCAUUUAAUUUUGUUCAGUGCCAGUCCCAAUGGCUGGUUAAGAUAUUUGAGGAAUAUUUGGGAAUUGCAAUUGAUUGCUCCACUUUGCUAAUGAUGCGUGUGAUGGCUAACGGUCUCUCAUUGGCUCACUCAAUGCAAUGAAAUUAAUGGGGAAAAACCACGAAUAUAUGAAGGAAAUGUGUCCUUGAAACAUUUGUAUAUGCAAUCUUUCCUGGUUGAUCAUUUUACAACACUCAGUAUUAAAGCCGCAACACAUGAUAAACCUGGUUUCAGAAUAUUCCAUUAAACUUUGCAUGAAGAUGCAGAAAGUGUGAAGCUGUGUGAUCCAAUUUC